AUGGCGGAUUAUAAGCGUGACACUCUGCUUUCACUGGCCUCGAUGCCCCAGCUGCAGGAUGCAAAAUGCCCCGAGGAUGACUGGACUGGCCUCCGGGACCGAGCCGAGAGGCGGAAGAGACAGAACCGGCUGAACGUCAGAGCGCACCGGAGACGGAAAGCUGCUGCUGAUCAACAGAAGCCAGAUUCUUCUGCGAGCUUUGUUCCUCUCACGUCGAAGGGAAACACCGAUGCGGGCCGGAAUGCAAUACGUAAGCCGCAGUCGGGUUCCAUGGUAACGACCACGUCGACGACGACCUCAGCCCUACCGCUACGAAUCGCAUGCGACGUGAAAGGGAAUCCUGAUUUCAAAGGCUUCUCUUUUCCGCUUUCGCAAGACCACCUCAUCCACAUCAUCGAGCUGAACGUCUACCGCGCCUCUCUGACCAACAUCUAUAUCCUCGGUGCUUACAGCCUCCUUUGCAACCGGGAGUGUGGGUACGCCCUGAACAACUCCGAGCCCCCCUUAUUUCCAUGGACAGGCUACCAGCCCUCCGGAAACAUCCCGGAAUCCCUCAGGCCGACGCCGCUCCAGCAGAGCACCCCUCACGAGGUGUGGAUAGACAUACUCCCGUCCGCCCGGAUGCGGGACAACGCUAUCGUUGCCGUGGCGGAGGGCAGGCUGUACAAUGAAGACCUCUGCGCGGAUAUCUUGAGGGGCAUUUGCGGCGAGGGCAAAGGGUGCGGUCGCAGUCGGAGUGUGAAUACCCCCGGCAGUAGCGAUGAUGGGGUUGAGGCUCGGUUGAUCGUGUGGAACAACCCGUGGGACCCGAGCGGGUGGGAGGUGACGGAGGGGUUUCUGAAGAAGUGGGGGUUCUUGCUCAAGGGUGCUGGUGAGGAUGGCAUGGUGGCGGCGACGAACCGGUGGCGGGCUUUGAGGGGGGAGGAUCCUAUUGUUUGGGAGGUGGAGUGA